AUGGUCAUGACUUGGAUGGUAAUCUCCGUGGAGGAGGACAUUACCAUCAAUUACAUGUGUUAUUCCACAGUCAAAGAGCUAUGGGAUAAUGUCAUAGAAAUGUAUUCUGACCGUGGAAAUAAAUCCCAGAUUUAUGAACCCACCUUGCAAGCCAGAGAAAUUCGAAAGGAAGGUAAUAACGUGACAAAAUACUUCCACUCUUUGAAGCGGGUUUGGCAGGACCUUGAUCUCUUCAACACUUACAAGUGGAACUCGGCAGAGGAUGCCAAACACCAUCAACAGAAAAUUGAAGAAGAUAGAAUAUUUCAAUUUCUUGCAGGUCUAAAUGAGGAGCUAGAUGAAGUUCGUGGCAGGAUCAUUGCAAGAGAAACCUUACCUUCAUUGGGUGAGGUCUUUGCUGAAGUCAGAAGAGAAGAAACUAGGAGAAGUGUGAUGAUGGGAAAGAUCAAAAUUGUUUCACCUCCUCCUAAGACCAAUGCUCUUGCUGCAGAAACUACUAUCCUUAAGAGACCAGACUGA